AUGAUGCAGGCUGCUGGACCCGAGCCCCUCGGCAGCAGAGGCUCCCCCUCUGGGAGCCUCUCUGGGGACAACGGCACCAGCCACAACGUCACCUUCCCUGAGCCACCGCCGGUCCUCUACGUGCUCCUGCCAGCAGUGUACUCUGUGAUCUGUGCCGUGGGGCUGAUGGGCAACACAGCCGUCAUCUACGUGAUCCUCAGGGCGCCCAAGAUGAAGACAGUGACCAAUGUGUUCAUCCUGAACCUGGCCAUCGCAGAUGACCUCUUCACGCUGGUGCUGCCCGUCAACAUCGCUGAGCACCUGCUGCAGCGCUGGCCCUUUGGGGAGCUGCUCUGCAAGCUAGUGCUGGCCAUCGACCACUACAACAUCUUCUCCAGUGUCUACUUCCUGGCGGCCAUGAGCGUAGACCGUUACCUGGUGGUGCUGGCCACAGCACGGUCCCACCGCAUGCCCCAGCGCACCCUCCGGGGGGCGAAGGUCACCAGCCUGUGCAUCUGGCUCGCCGUCACUGUCAUGGUGCUGCCCUACUUCGCCUUCGCCGGCGUCCACAGCAACGAGCUGCAGGUCACGAGCUGUGGGCUGAGCUUCCCUCGGCCUGAGCGGGCCUGGCUCAAGGCCAGCCGCGUCUACACGCUGGUGGUGGGCUUCAUGGUGCCCAUGUGCACCCUCUGUGCACUCUAUGCAGAUCUGCUGCGUCGGCUGCGCGCCCUGCGGCUCCACUCCGGAGCCAAGGCUCUGGGCAAGGCCAAGCGGAAGGUGACCGUCCUGGUCCUGGCUGUGCUAGCCGUGGGCCUGCUCUGCUGGACGCCCUUCCACCUGGCCUCCAUCGUGGCCCUGACCACAGACCUGCCUCAGACGUCACUGGUCAUUGGCAUCUCCUAUGCCAUCACCAGCCUCAGCUACACCAGCUCCUGCCUCAACCCUUUCCUCUACGCCUUUCUGGACAACAGCUUCCGCAAGAGCUUCCGCACUACGUUCCGGUGCCCAGGGGCCUGA